UGUAAGAAAUAAAUACAAUUCCAAUUCCAAUUCCAAUUCCAGCUGAAAAAAGAGUUAAUGCAGUGACCAAACAUCAAACAAAACCAGGGCUUUCUUCCUACCCCACUCUUCCAUUUUCAAUUUUCCUUGUUUAAUUUAUCAGCAGAAGCAGGAAAAUUAACCCAACUAACAGUGGUAAAAAUGGUGACUCCUUCCAAGCGAGUUGCUCAACUCGCCGCGGUGAAAAUGGAGGCCUGCACAACAGAAAAUGCUCCGGAAAAUGAAGAAAUCCGACACACUCGAUUCGGUUCGAAUUCCGAACCAGCUAAAUUAGACGAAGAUGAAAUUCGUUAUCUUUCGGGGAAGCCAUAUUUCGAUUUGGUUUUAUCGAAAUCGCAUAUCAGCCACACCUUCGGACUGUUAUUUCCCGCCUCGAUGAUUCGAGAACUUCCUCGCGCCACUAUCCCCGCUGUUCUAAAAAACGGCGGUAAAAUUUGGAACAUGUCUUAUUGUGGAGGUGGGGUCCGCCCUAAGCUCGACUCCGGAUGGAAAACAUUUGUGGCUGACAAUAAUUUGAAAAUUGGAGAUGGUUGUGUUUUCGAACUAAUGGAGUCGACCGGUACGAAUCUCGUAUUCAAAGUUAUGAUUGUGAGGGGCGAUAUUCCAACCGAACUGCAGGAACUGAUCGAUUCUCGUGGUAAGUCUGGCGAUACACCUAUAGUUCUCGACUAGUUGGCCUACGAUGAAAAUAUCUUUGUCUUGUACUCUGUAAUUCGAUGUUUCAAGGGUUUUUUUUACGUGUUCGUUUCGAAGUGGGAAAUAAAAUUGGGGGAACAAUGGAGUUAAUUCAUAUGAUGUGUAAGUUAUCUUGAAUAUUGAUUUUCGGGUAUUGAUAUGCCGAAUCUGAUCCGAUCAUCUACGGUUUUGGAAUAAUAUUUUUCAUUCGAAAUCUCAAAAGCUUAUAUU